AUGUCCGCGUCCGCCAACCAAGCCAUUAUUGCGCAACAAAUCGGAUAUGUGUUUCGGGAUAAGAGCCUUUUAGAUCAAGCGUUGACUGCAGCUGGUGCAAAGGAAGAUAACUAUGAUGGCAACAGAACCCUUGCCCAGAUUGGAAAGGCUUUCGUCGAUUUGGCAUCGACGAGAUUCGGAUACAUUUCCCACACGAAUCCUGUAUCUUGA